GACUUCCUUUCCGGGACACGUCCGGGGUAACUGGGGUGGCAACAAGUCGACUCGGCGGCUGCAGAAGCGCUGUAUGAUUGCAUUUAGUACUCUCUUUUGUGAAGCAGUCGGCGUGUUAACAGAGAACAGCUAUGGAGACGUUAUAUGGAGUUCCUUUUAGAGUGCUGGAAUGUCCCAAUAUCAAACUAAAAAAGCCGUCCUGGUUGCACAUGCCUUCUGCAAUGACGGUCUAUGCCUUGGUUAUCGUCUCCUAUUUUCUCAUUACUGGAGGAAUCAUUUAUGAUGUCAUUGUGGAACCUCCAAGUGUUGGCUCUAUGACCGACGAGCAUGGCCAUCAGAGGCCGGUAGCUUUUUUGGCCUAUAGAGUCAAUGGACAGUACAUAAUGGAGGGUCUCGCGUCUAGUUUUCUGUUCACAAUGGGAGGCCUGGGAUUCAUCAUUUUAGAUCGCUCCAAUGCUCCAAAUAUUCCAAAGCUGAACCGGUUUCUGCUUCUGUUCAUCGGGUUUGUCAGCGUCCUGCUCAGCUUCUUCAUGGCAAGAGUCUUCAUGAGAAUGAAACUACCGGGAUACCUUAUGGGUUAAUUCAAUCCCAGCAUUAACAAAAUUUCCAAAAGUAAGAGAAGAACAAAGAAGAACUGAAGAACUCAUUACUGGAUAGAAAUCCAGGAUUCUGUGCGUGACUUCAGAUGUCUGAAAAUACAUACCUAAUUAUACUUUGCUUGUGAAUAUUGCACAGUAUACACUGUUGUUUCUGCAACAGGUACUCCCCGCUUAAAUAAGUCACUGUGGGCAACACUUCCUUGUGCAGACUUUAAUUUCAAGUUUGUUUCCGAGCUUCUCUGACUUUUAUGUUCUGAAAAUGGUUAGUUGCCGUGAAAACCUCUUAACUAGCAGUAUUGAUGAAACGGGGUUGCGUUAUUGGCAAGUUAUUGACAGUGACUAGAUUGGUUAACAAAAAAAAGGAACUUUUAAGAGAUGCCUGAUUAUAAUUAAUUUGUCUUGAAAGGUUAAAAAAGGCCUUAAAAAAAAUGCCCAACUUGUGGUCUGCUUUGUGUAAAUGCAGCUGUAAAGUAAUAUUGUUUUCUACGUUUGGAAAUAAAAGCAUUUCUACUUUCACCAUA